GAGUUCCUCACCCUCGUGUGUUUGAAGCAGUCAGCUGAGCCCAAAUUGUGCGUACGCGGCUCUAACCUCGUACAACAUGCAGGAUCACAACGAACACGUUUAACUCUGUGCAUUUUUUGUCAUUCCAACGUGUACAGAAAACAAUCCAGUUAAACACCCUUUCUUUUAAUUCCACUUCGCUGUUCUUUCCCCGUGAAGAAUACCGAUUUGGAGGUUGUUGCACAGGGGUUUGAAGGUGCAUGUGACAGCUCACACCAAUUGCGGGAACUCUGAGUAUGGCCUUAGCUGGAUGCCCAGACUAUUUCCUCCAUCAUCCAAACUACCAGGACAUUGUUGACCGCACCCCCUCUCACAGACCAUCAAAUCUCAUCGGUUCAAGCUUCCAGCAGUCGUCCAAUCGGAAUUCUCCUAAUCACCCAGAGGAUGAUGUAGAUCUGGAGGCCCUGGUGAAUGACAUGGCCUCUCUUUCUUCCUAUGAGAGCAUCUAUGCAACCUGUGGGACCCAGCAUUCGGACUCAGCCCCCCUCUUGCACAGCACUGAUGGCAGUGGACUCCAUGGCAACAGAGUGGCCCCACUGCCACGGGCCCCUAGUAAUAAAGUGGCCGCCCUCCACUCUCCUGCCCACAAGCUCCGGCGAUCACAGCCAAUGCACAUACAUGCCGUCAGGCGACUUCAGGAAGAAGAGUUGCAAGUUCGUCCAGCGUCUUUGCCAGCAAUUCCGAACCCGUUCCCUGAGCUCUGCAGCCCCUCGGGAUCUCCUGUGCUGAGCCCUGGAUCUCUGCCACAGCCAUCGGAGCCACAUAUCAUCAAGGUUUUCAGCGAGGAUGGUGUGGGAAAAGUUGUGGAAGUCCCAGCCGACAUGACGGCCAGAGAUGUGUGUCAGUUCCUGGUCUACAAGAACCACUGCCUGGAUGACAACUGCUGGUCUCUAGUGGAGCAUCAUUCCCUGCUUGGUCUGGAGAGGUGCCUAGAAGAUCAUGAACUGGUUGUUCCUGUGCAGGCCUGCAUGUCUCCAGAGAGCAAGUUUCUCUUCAGGAAGAACUACGCCAAGUACGAGUUCUUCAGAAACCCACUGAACUUCUUUCCGGAGCAGAUGUUGGCGUGGUGUCAGGAAACUAAUGGCUCUAUCCCACAGUCACAGCUCUUACAGAAUUUCUUGAAUUCCAGCAGCUGUCCAGAGAUCCAGGGCUUCCUUUAUAUGAAAGAAACGGGCCGCAAGUCUUGGAAAAAGCUCUACAUGUUCUUGCGCCGUUCUGGAUUGUACUGCUCUACUAAAGGAAUGUCAAAGGAGCCAAGGCACCUGCAGUUACUGUCGGACUUAGAGGACAGCAAUAUUUUCACUGUGACAAUGGGCAGAAAGAUGCACAACGCGCCCACAGACUACCAAUUCUGCAUUAAGCCCGGUAAGGGCAGGACAGAACUGAAGGAGUUGAAGAUGCUGUGUGCUGAGGACGAGCAGAGCCGAACGUGCUGGAUGACUGCUUUCAGACUGCUCAAGUUUGGAAUUCUCCUAUAUCAGAACUACAAGAGCCCACACCAGAGAAAGACUGCCAUAUCAAACUUCACCACACCUGUGCGGAGUGUGUCUGAGAAUUCACUGGUGGCCAUGGAUUUCUCAGGAAGGACCGGUCGUGUGAUUGACAACCCUGUGGAGGCUCAGAGCGCUGCCAUGGAAGAGGGACACACUUGGAGAAAACGGAGUCAGAGAAUGAAUGUUUUGGGAAGACCCAGUCCUCUACAUCCCUCGCUGUUAAGCUCAGUGAUCCACAGGACACAGUUAUGGUUCCAUGGCCGCAUUAUGAGAGAGGAGUCCCACAGGAUGAUUAUGCAGCAGGGCCAAGUUGAUGGGUUAUUCCUGUUGAGAGACAGCCAGAGCAACCCAAAAGCAUUUGUUCUCACGCUGUGCCAUCAUCAGAAGAUUAAACACUUCCAGAUUUUACCUUUUGAGGAGGACGGCCAGGUUUUUUUUAGCCUUGAUGAUGGCUCUACCAAGUUCACAGACCUGAUCCAUCUGGUAGAGUUCUACCAGCUCAACAGGGGCGUCCUGCCCUGCAAACUCAAACACCCCUGCACCAUGGUGGCCUUAUGACCCCCCUCCUGAUCCUAACAAACAACACACACACAAAUAAAAGUAACUGAGAAACUGGAUGCUUUUUUAAAAUAAUAAUUUCCAGUCAUUUUCACAAUAAGCUGACGCAACCCACGGGCAUGACCCACUGCUCUGGGAUUAGCAUGGAAACGUUUGGGAAUAAUUAUGGGACAAGAUCAACUUCCCGGACCCCCUGUCCUUUGGUUUAGACAAGGGUGCCUGUUUUUUU